UCGGACGUCAGCAGUGUGUGUGUUUAGUUUUGAUUUGUUUCAUUUGAAAUUCUUUUGUUUUUUUUUGUAAAAGGGCUUAAUCGUUUCCGUUAUGUUUGUAAUAUAAUUUUGUAUUUAUAUAUUACUGUAGUAAAUAUUGUUUAGUCGUCUCAUAAGUAAUAAUUAAUAAUGUACAUUUUGUAACAAGCGAUCUUGCUAGAAAUUAAUUAUCAUCAUACUUUAAGAAUGACGCUAACUAUGACAAAAAAAGUUAGCGAGGUUCAAGCAGAAACCGUGCAGUUUAUGUCCUUAGAAAAAGCAGAAGAUGAACACAGGCAAGACGGGGAUUAUAAUUCAGGCUCCACUCUUCUUCGACGAGGCAAGAAGCUGGAAGACAACAAUAAUUUAACCAAAGAAGACAUAGAAUAUGUGAAUUACCGCCAGUUGCUCAAGUAUGAACAGGCUCCAGAGUAUCUCCAGCACAAUCCUUACAUAAGGGAUGGAUAUAGGAAGCUGUUACCUACUAAACUUUGUUGGGAGAGUAUAUUCUGGUGGACGAACGAAACGAUGAACAUAUGGACACACUUGUUCGGCUUCUUCCUGGUGGUCGGGCUGACGAUCAACGACCUGGUCAUCAUCAACAUCCACGCCACCUUCACAGACAAAGUGGUUGCUGCUAUACUUCUCUCGUGUUUUAUGGUGUGCAUGGCGCUGUCAGCGCUGUACCACACGUUCUCAUGUCGCUCGGAGUGCGACUACAACACGUUCCUGAUGUACGACCUCUUCGGCAUCGCGCUCUCGCUGCUCGCCAUAUACACCUCCGGCGUGUACUACGCUUUCUGGUGCCACCAUGAGCUAAAGGCGUUCUACAUGGUGUCGGUAACGCUGAUCUUCGUGGUGGCGAUGGCUCUGCAGAUCCCGCGGCUGAACGUGCCGUACCUCGUGAAGAUGUGCGUGUUCAUCGGCUGGGCGGCCUACGGGGUCCUACCCACGCUGCACUGGUGCUACGCGAUGGGAGGCUUCGAAAACCCUAUGGUGCAGAUGUUCUUUCCUCGAGUGAUAAUGAUGUACGUUAUAAGCGGAACUGCAUUCAUCAUUUACGCAUUUAAGAUCCCAGAGCGCUGGUUCCCGGGGCGCGUGGACUACAUCGGGCACUCGCACCAGUGGUGGCACGUGCUGGUGAUGGCCGCGCUCUACUACUGGCACAACUCCGGCAUGAUGUACGUGCAGUACCGCAUGAACCAUGGAUGCGCCAACACCAUGCGGAUAUUCUGAACACUACACAACACAACACCCAGCGCCGGACCUACAUUUUUUUCGAGAGGAGCCCAUAGCUAAAAAAAUACGAAAUUGGCGCAACUUAGAUUUGACGAAGUUCGAAUUUGGCGCCCUCCUUCCCCCCCGAACUUCACGCCCGUGGCCACGGCUUGCGCCUCUAGAUCCGGCUCUGACAAGACCUACAUCAAGGCAACUACCAUAGUCUGUGCGAAAAAUGUAUAGGGCCCUAUAUAUAUUCUACGACUCUUCUCUUUCCGAACAGUGCCUAGGUAAUGUCACAAUAUAUAACGUACGCUUCGAUAGCGAUUGCGACUGACUAAACUGGCAGAUUAUGGUCAUCUUUAUAAGCUCUCUUUAUAUCUCUCUCAUUGCUAAGUAAAAACGCUAAGCAUAAAAUGUACAAUUUCCUCUCUAUUCUUAUCUCUCGCACAUAAUCAUAUUGCUGUCUUAUUCUGUAUAGUCUGUUAUAAUCAAGUACUAACCUAUAACACCUAUGAUACUCUAUAUACACGUACACACAUUUGAACUUGCCAUAAAUAUGUAGGAUUUUAACCUUCUGCUUAUGCUAUUGGUCAUUACUCUCAUUAGCAUAUGGAGAACAAUUUUCUUAAAUGAAUUAUGAACAUUUUCUCACGUAAAUAAAUUAAAGUAGUGUUUGGUGCAUUCAGGCUCUUUAGAUAAUGAUCCGAUGUGACGAGAUCUGCCGCCACAGUAUAAAGCCUUUUGCGGUUAAUCGUCUUAGAUAAAUUUCUAGCGUAUCAUUAGAAAUAUUUAAAAUUUACUAGGAUCUUAGGUAUCGUAUUCAUGAGGGCAAUAUUCUCAGUAAAAUAUAGAUAAAAUGCUCAAUUAAAUAUCUUAAACAUUCCAUGGAACAUUCCUAUAGGAAAAUCCUGGGAAGUUUGUGAUUUUAAGUGUACUUAAAAGUUAUUAUUACACGUAAGUGUUUAUUGGUGCUGCUGUAAUUUUUGAUUUGAUUGGUAUAAAUUCUGUACUUAAUUUUGAUCUAAAUCAUGUCCUGUUUUCGAGAAUAUGUUUCGUUUUAGAAAUCCAUUUACUGUAUGUUAAUUAUCUGUGAUUGUUGUUCUGUUUUGAUAUUAUUUAUUUUCUUAGUAGGCAAUUAUUGUUAUUUUGGAAUGGGGUUAUUAUAAAUUUAUUUAUAAAUCUUAAUAAAACAUACAAAA